GGUGUCUGCUGCAGGGACAAGGAGAAGGAGAAGAUGGGGCUCCUCUUAGUUGUCCUCAGCUUCAUCUUCAUGAAGGGAAACUCAGUCAAAGACACURCCUUGUGGGAAUUCCUGCGUCUGCUCCGUGUGCACCCAGGGAAGCCACACAAGGUGUUUGGGGAUGUCCGGAAACUGCUGAUGGAUGAGUUUGCUCGGCAGAAGUACCUGGAUGUUACCCCCAUACCCCUGACAGACCCUCCUGAAUUCAAGUUCCAGUGGGGGCCACGGGCGGAAAAGGAGACCUCMAAGAAGGAUGUGCUGAAAUUUGUGGCAAAGAUCCAGGGGAAGGACCCCACAUUCUGGGUGAGCCAGAACAAAGAGGCCGAGGCUGAAGCUGCCUCCUGA